UUAGUUUGAAACAAAUAUCUGAUCCAAAGAUCGAAAAUGGGAAAAACAAAAACAAACAAAAAAGACAGUUUGCUCUGCGUGAUCAAUAUCAUAGGAUAGGAUUAUUAAUUUAGUUUAUGAUGCAUAUAAUGGAUGGAUUUUUAGGGGUUAUCCGAUCCAUGUCGCCCCUAUUUACUCUUCUGCCGCACCGUCAAGCGGAGUAAUGCAUAACCCCAAAAGAUCAAGUCAGGCCUCCAAGUGUGACAUCAACAGGCAAACAGGUUUAAUGCGACUACCCUGCUAGAAAAGCUGAGAGGGAAGAGGUUGUAUUUGUGGGAGAUUCUCUUAGCAAGAACCAAUGGAUGUCAAUGGUGUGCUUACUCGAACCUUCUUUAGCUCCUUCUCUUAAAUUUUCCAUUUGGAAGGGCAAUUUGAUAACUUUUGAAGCCAAGGAAUACAAUGCAACAAUAGACUUCUAUUGGUCUCCAUUGUUGGUAGAGUCCAACUGCGAUGAUCCAGCGGACCAUCAUGUAAGAGACCGAAUUGUGAGAAUAAAGGCAAUUGAGAGGCAUGCUAGAUACUGGACAAAUGCAGAUAUACUUGUCUUUAAUUCUUUUAUGUGGUGGCUAGAACCCACCAUGACACUUCUGUGGGGAUCAUUUGAAAGCCCAAAUGCAGUCUAUAAAAAGGUAGAAAUGAAAAAUAGACGUUAUGAAAUGGCAUUAGAAACAUGGUCAGAUUGGUUGGAGUUCAACAUUAACAGAUCAAGAACACAGAUGUUCUUCAUGAGCCUCUCCCCUUACCAUAAAUUGGCAAGAGAUUGGGGGAUGCAAGCGGAUCAAAACUGUUACAAUGAAACACAACCAAUUUCAAGAUCAGAUUAUUGGGGAAGUGCGACAGAUAAAGGGCUUAUGCAAAUUGCAGAAACGGCUAUAAGACGCUUAGAGAGUAAAGGCUUAAAAGUCAAUUAUCUAAACAUAACACAACUUUCUGAUUAUAGAAAAGAUGGACACCCCACUAUCUACAGGAAGCAAUGGCUACCUCCAACACAAGAACAAUUAUUGGACCCAAAGAGCUAUUCAGAUUGUGUGCAUUGGUGCUUACCUGGGGUCCCUGAUGUUUGGAAUCAAAUUCUUUAUUCUUACAUUAUUGAUGAGAUAUAAUGAUUGAUUAAAGUACAUUUCUAUAGGAUUGAACUAGUACAAUAAGUAUUUAUGACUAUGAGAUAUACAUUUUUUGUGCACAUGUUUUUAUCGGCACAUUUUUCUUCACGUACAUCGUACAUUCGUACAUACAAAGAGUGUACUUAUGACUAUGAAAUAUAAACUUUAU